AGCUGUUAUGUUGCGCGGGUUGCGAGUCUUCUCCGAGAGAGUGCCGCAGUCCCCUGCGGUAGUAUGAGUCCCAUGCAUUUGGGGGAAAGUUGUGACAUGAAGUGAACAAUUUUGACAAGUUUUAUCACCGUAAAAGCAACGCCUCCAUCUGUGCUUGCCUGAGAUUACGUUUUAGACGAUAUUUCUCCAUCCUGUGUCAAUCCUAAUGGAACUGACAAACCACAAGUGACUGAACCAUGGCAGCCAUUUUGGUAUAGCCUGGGUGUUGUCAAAAUAUUAAUUCCUUGUCCUGCCUUUCAACUGUACCUUGGCUUGCCUGUUCACAAGCAAGAGUACUUUUUUAAGAAAUAGUUUAAUUUAAUCUAACACCAUGGCUACCGAGCGUGAACGGGAGAUGGCAGCUGAGGACAGUAUCAAAGUGGUCUGCAGGUUCAGGCCCCUCAACGAUUCCGAAGAAAAAGCUGGAUCCAAAUUCGUCGUCAAGUUCCCCUCGGGACCCGACGAAAAUUGCAUAUCCAUCGGGGGCAAAGUCUAUUUGUUUGACAAAGUCUUCAAGCCAAAUGCCACUCAAGAAAAAGUGUACUGUGAGGCCGCAAAAUCAAUUGUUACAGAUGUACUGUGUGGCUACAAUGGUACCAUAUUUGCGUAUGGUCAAACAUCCUCCGGUAAAACCCACACAAUGGAGGGUGUUAUUGGAGAUGCCGGCAAGCAGGGAAUCAUACCGCGCAUUGUCAACGACAUUUUUAACCAUAUUUAUGCUAUGGAAGAAAACCUUGAAUUCCAUAUAAAGGUUUCUUACUUUGAAAUUUAUAUGGACAAAAUUCGUGAUUUGUUAGAUGUCUCUAAGGUCAACCUCAGUGUUCACGAAGACAAGAACAGAGUUCCUUUUGUGAAAGGAGCUACUGAGCGCUUUGUGUCCAGUCCUGAAGAGGUGUUUGAAGUUAUUGAGGAAGGGAAAUCAAAUCGUCACAUUGCAGUGACUAACAUGAAUGAACACAGCUCUAGGAGUCACAGUGUGUUCCUGAUCAAUGUAAAACAAGAGAAUUUGGAGAAUGAGAAAAAGCUCUCUGGAAAAUUGUAUCUAGUGGACUUGGCUGGUAGUGAAAAGGUCAGUAAGACUGGUGCUGAAGGUACUGUCCUUGACGAAGCUAAAAAUAUUAACAAAUCACUGUCUGCUUUGGGAAAUGUGAUAUCAGCUCUUGCUGAUGGCAACAAAACACACAUACCCUAUCGUGACUCCAAAUUAACUCGAAUUUUGCAAGAAUCUUUGGGAGGCAAUGCCCGCACUACAAUUAUCAUUUGCUGUUCUCCAGCAUCUUUCAAUGAAUCUGAAACCAAGUCUACCUUGGAUUUUGGAAAGAGAGCCAAGACCAUUAAGAAUGUUGUAACAGUGAACGAAGAACUUACUGCAGAAGAAUGGAAGAGACGCUACGAAAAAGAAAAGGAGCGUGUUGGGCGGUUAAAGGGCAAAGUGGAAAAGCUGGAGCUGGAGCUGAGCAGGUGGCGCUCUGGUGAAACUGUUAAUCCUGAUGAGCAAGUUAAUCUUCAAGAGCCAAUGGAGGCUGUUACCCCUGUUGCCCCUGUACCUGAAGUGAAGAAAGAGGCUCUAUUGGGUCCUAUUCCAGCCACCCCAGGUGGUGGAAUUAUGAUUGGCUCAUUAUCUAAUGAGGAAAGGCAAAAGCUAGAAGAGGAACGGGAGCGACUUUAUCAGCAGCUAGAUGAGAAAGAUGAAGAAAUCAAUCAGCAUUCUCAGUUUGUUGAAAAGCUGAAGGAACAAAUGAUGGAACAAGAGGAACUCAUUGCUAGUACGAGGAAAGACUAUGAACUGCUUCAACAUGAAAUGAACCGCAUCCAGCAAGAAAAUGAAUCUGCCAAGGAGGAAGUAAAGGAGGUUUUGCAAGCCUUGGAAGAGCUCGCUGUCAAUUAUGACCAGAAAAGCCAAGAAGUUGAGACUAAGAACAAAGAAUAUGAAAGCCUCACUGAAGAACUCAUGCAAAAGCAAUCUGCAUUGAACACAACGUCUUCAGAGCUUCAGCAGCUAAAAGAUAUGUCCACACACCAGCGCCGCCGCAUCACCGAUAUGUUGACCAAUCUAUUAAAAGAUCUGACUGAAAUUGGAGUGUCUAUUGGAAAUGAAGGAGACCUGAAGAUGAAUCCUGAUGGCAAUAGUAAGUUGGAGGAGGAGUUCACUGUUGCACGUCUGUACAUCUCCAAGAUGAAAUCAGAGGUUAAGAACUUGGUUACUAGAUGUCAGAACCUAGAAACAACCCAGACUGACAGCAAUAAGAAGGUUACUGAAUAUGAGAAAGAUUUAGCAGAGUGUAGGCUGCACAUAUCUCAGUUGGAUGCCAGGAUUAAAACCCUCCAAGAAACAAUGCGAGAAGCAGAGAAUAAAAAACGCACCCUGGAGGAGGAGGUAGAUAUGUUGAGAGAGGAUAAUGCUAAAAUGAAGGCUGCUGAACAAGUUCAAGCUGUAUCUACAAAGGAUAAGGCUGAAGAACAGAUUGAAGUUAACAAGGCCCGCCUUGCUUUGGAGGAGCAAAUGGAUACGUUGAGAGAUGUCCAUCAAAAACAAGUUGGUUCACUUCGUGAUGAGCUCAUGGAGAAACAAACUCUCAUCACAGAGUUGAAGGAUGACAACCAGAGGUACUCCCUUGCUCAUGAACAGCUCAAACAAGAAUUUGAGAAACUCAAGAGGGAAGAGGAAGAAAAGAGUCAGAAACUGCAAGAGUUGAUACUUUCCAAUGAGCGGAGAGAGGAGGCUCGUAAAGACCUCAAAGGUCUAGAGGACACUGUCGCCAAGGAACUUCAGACAUUACAUAAUCUGCGCAAGCUGUUUGUUCAAGACUUGCAAGCACGGAUCAAAAAGUCUGCUAACACUGAAGAAAAUGAAGAUGAUGGCGGAUCGCUUGCUCAAAAGCAAAAGAUCAGCUUCCUUGAGAACAAUCUUGAUCAACUCACUAAAGUCCACAAGCAACUUGUUCGUGACAAUGCUGAUCUACGAUGCGAGUUGCCCAAGCUAGAAAAACGCCUUCGGACCACCAUGGAGCGAGUUAAGGCUCUUGAAACUGCACUGAAAGAAGCAAAGGAAGGUGCUAUGCGUGACCGUAAACGCUAUCAGAGUGAGGUGGACCGCAUCAAGGAAGCUGUCCGUCAGAAGAAUCUUGCAAGAAGGGGAAAUAGUGCCCAGAUCGCCAAACCCAUUCGCGCUGGCCAGCAUCACAUGACUGGAGCUCUAGGCGGCAUUAGGCCACAAGCUCACAUGGUUACUGCAAGUAACAGAAUUAGUGAUGAAAGUGCUCAGAAGAAAAAGAGCAUCCUAUCAGGUGGCGCCACCAGAGAGAUGGAAAGCUGAAGAGAUGAUGAACAUAUAUUUUUUACACACAUUGCAUCAUAAUGUCUCCUUCCUUUGUGAAUGCAAGUGAUGCAUGUGUGUAUUGACGCAGUAAUUGCUGGAAGCAGCCUCACUGGGCACUGUGAUCUCUCACCGCCAAAAUGCUGCUUGGUGUGGCAAUUGUCAAGUGCUAAAUUUUUUGUUCAGUUUUCACAUACUCUCCUAAUAUGAAACCUUUUAAUCCACUUAACUUCUAAUACUGGCACUGGGUGUUUUGUUUAAAAUGCCUUCGUUUGUUUCUGUGGUAUGCCAGGCUUGGACCCAAUCUUGCACAUUGCAGACUGCAUGCUUUGCUUGGUCAGCAACUUUAUGUUACGUAGAAAUCGUACAUCAGAAAUGCUGCCAUGUAGUAAGUCUGUGUUGAUAAUCUACGGGUGAGCUCUUUGGGUAGUGGAAAAGAUUGUGUGGGACUAAUUUUUUAAAGAUGUUAGAUGUUCCAAUCUGAGGUUAAUGUUGAUUGCUGAUAAUGUAUAGAUUGUGAGUUUACUACUGCUGGGCACUUUAAGUUUCUCUUUUAUCUAAUCCAAAGAAAUGUAACCAUGUCUCUUGUGAUAACUUCUGUGAAGAAAUAACUGAUGCCUCUCCUAUUUUGCUCACUGUAUCAGCAACCUGAGACUACCCAGAGAAAACAAAACCUAGCUCCAAUUCCUUUUGUAAUACGUUUUAUAUUUAUUGUCAUACGAGUCUCUGCUUCUUGCAUACUGUGCAAUUAGAGAGGAAAAGGAUUUUUUUACAUGCUUGUACAUUAAGACAUCUCCCUUUGUUUUAAAAAAAGAAAAGGAUCACUUCCCUUACAAUAUUUUACUUAUGUGCACUUGAAACCUGUAUAAAAACGUGUAUAAAGCAUCUUUUAAAAAUAAAAAAAAUAAAAAACAAUUAGUGGACAGCAUUAAAAGCUUUUAGCAGUGUGAUAUAACAACGUUUUCAAAAGCCAAACUUAUCACCAAUAUUGAAAUGUAUUUUGUAUUAAAGGUGUGACAUCAAUUGACUUCAAAACACCAUCAAAUCCAACUAAUUUUGAACAGCGGAUGUACUUCCAAUCUAUUAAAUUCUGCGGCAUUUAUGACUUUUAUCUUUGGCAUGUGGAUCAUGAUACUAUUAAGUGUCAAGAAUUCUUGCAACAGUCUGCAAUCUUGGUGGCAUAUAUUGAUUGUUGGUUAUAUUCAAUGAAACCUUAUAAAAUUGUUGACUGUAGGAGGUGUACUGGCAUACAAUACUUAUGCUAUGUACAUACUUCAUCAAUUGUAAAUUGUUCAAAUGAUUUCAUUGAUUUGCUUUUCAUGGCUUUUUUUAAAGCAUAGAAUCAGGUAUGCCUGGACAAUCCAGCCCAAGGUUGUCGGCUGUGUUCUUCUGACUGCAACGUUUUAUUUUAUACAUGACUUUUGAUUGCCUGCUGUUGCUGUUACCUACCUUAUGUGCUUUAUUGAUAGUGUACACCAUUUUAAUUUACUUGUACUGCGAUCUACAGUUUGAAGAUGGACCAACUAAUAAGGCCUGGUGCUUAAUGGCAAUUAGACAAUUCCGUUUUGUAUGUGUCAAUGUUUUCAAUGACUUGAUUUUUAAAAUUUUUGUUUUCUUUUGUUUUUGUUUUUUACCAGUGUUGUAAUUAUGAUCUGUGAGUUGUGAGGCUUCUUGAGUGUUGGAUCAAUCUAGCUGUUUGUAUUAUAGAUUCCUAUAUUUUGUUUGUUGACAUUUUAUCCCUUUUGUUAAAAUAAUUUAUCUAAUGUGAAGAUUUAAGUCAGUUUCAUGUUUUAUUUUUCUGACCUGCAACUCUUUUCUUCUUCGACACGUGGACUGUUGCCUCAUGUCAGGGCCAUGAUUCUGUGUUCAAGACCUUUGUGGUAAAUGUUUGCUAAAGGGAAAGAUCAGAUGGCAGAUGGUUUCACCUCCAUCAGUGGUUCCAACCAAUUUAAACUCUUAACAGAUCCUCUUUAUUUUUAGGAAUACUUCCUAUGGAUGGGGAAUAUUAGUCUGUAUCUUGGGUCGAAUGUGCCGGGGAUAGUGUACAUCAUUGAAGUCCUUGCAGAUUUCAAUCACUCAAUAAACCUAUCCAUGCAGGUGGACAUCAAAAUUUAAGCCUCAAUGUUAAAGGAUUGGGCUAUAUGACUUGUAGACACUGAUUUAAUUUAAUCUAGAUCAAUUAUAUUGCCUCAAAGAUUUGUUCACAUUUGAUCAAUUUAUACCCCAGUUUUUUUCUUUUACUUCUUGCAUUAACAGCUUGACAGGAGGCGGUGUAUGGUGGUGCGGUAUUAGGUUAAGUACUAUUGGUGUAGGAGGUUGUAUUCCCUUCUACAUCAGCACUGACUGAUAUUCAGAAUGCACUUUCAUGAGUUUUGCUUUUUGUUUUUGUUUGAAAAUAUCAGAAGUACAACUUAGCGUCAUUGCUAAGUAUUUGUCACUGCUGAUUGCUUUGUAAGAGUUGGGUGAGGGAUCGAGCUCCUCCUGAAAGUGCAGAAAGCACAGAUUAUGUAGUUUAAAGUUUGUGGUGCUGUGAAAUGGGUUUUGAAUUCUGUGUUAACAGACAGUUAGCACUUAAGAUGUACAAACUUAUUUCACACCAGGGAAUGUGAUCAGUAUUCCAAAGAAACCAUUGGCAACUGAAAAUCUGAAAAGAAUAAAAAAAUUUGUAAAAAAUUGUCAAAGGCAACCUUUUUUUUUGGUUACAAAACAUAAAAAGUUCCUCUUAUGUUGGCUUAAAUAUCUAGACAUGAGGCAGUUUUUAUUUAAACCACUAUGGAUGAGUUGCAAUCUAUUUUAGUGGUUGAGUUACUGGUGGUCUAAGUGCUUUAUUAGCUUCCUUUAUGCUCUGUAUAUGCUUCUCACCGUUUUAAUUUAUGAAAUUUUGAUUAUUUGUGGUGCUUCCAUUUCCUAUAUGAUAAAUCAACUUGAACAGGUUUGCCUAGUUUGCCUCCAAACAGGAGCUCAAUGAUGUUGAAACAAUGAUGGGUACUAGCUUUUUUGUCUAUUUCGAAACCCAAACCUUGCAGUAUUACACGCUCUAAGUGACAGCAACUUGUAGUUGAUCAAUUCAAAAAUUGUCACCUUCCCCCCGUGCAUGCAUACAUGUGUGUGCCGUUUAGCACUCAAUACACAGCACCAUACAACAUCUGAUUUUUUAUUUUUAUUUUUUUCACACCUUGGCAUAAUAUUCCUUAGUAUAUUAGUUAUUGAUCAUAACAGCCUAUUUUAUGCAAGGAGUCUAUUUUCUGAAUUUAGAGGGAAGAAAGCUUGGAACCCGCACCGCAUUGGGACUGAUGGAAUUGGUCAUUCUUGGCUAUUAUGGGAAUGUACCAGUAUGAUGGAAUGCACCAGCGGGCGAGGGAGACCCGCACUAUUCCUGCACUGCUCUUAAGUCUGUGGUAUUUAUUUUUUAAGGCAUGAAUGAUAGUUUCAAUUUUUGUACUGUAUACCUUGUUUUGGAGUUCAUGGAGGACAUCAGGGUCCUCAGAUUUUGUGGGGUAUAAAGACCUUGUACAUGUAGUGUUAAUUUAUUUGAUAGUUGUUUAAUUAUUCUUUAUUUAUGUUAAUUGCUGUUCCAGCUGUUCCAGUUGUAAAAGUUUAUAACAUACCUAUGCGCUUUUACUCAUGGCUUAAGAGGUUCUUUGAGUUUUGUAAGAUCUUUCUCAUGAGAGUAGAAACUGUUUUUUUUUUUCCUUUUAAUUUUAUUUGUUGUCUGGAAAGAAAUGCAUUGCUGUUGUGUGGAUGUGUGUGGAGCUAUUCCAACCUUCAAUUAAAUUAUUAGGCUUUUGCAA